AUGUUAGAGGUCCAGCCUUUCAUGCGCCAACGACAACAACAACCACAAGUGCAGCCACAGGCCCAGGGCGUGCGGCGGCGACUAGUUGGCGUCAUAAACACGCUUGGGGGAAUGAGACUGGCACCCGGUGAAUGGCUUCUCGACACUGGAGCCGAGGAUCACCUGACCUUCACGCCUGAGGACGUGGAGGGUCUGAAGCCGGUGCGCGAGGGCGAGGGUGUCGUUUUUGAGGUGGCGGAUGGGCGGACGGUUAGCUCGAUUGGUGAGGGCAGGGCGGUUUUCGCCUCUUUUCGAGGGCAGACGGAAUUGUCGGUACCUGUACACGUAGUUCCGGACCUGCAACACCGCCUGUUCUCAGUCAAGGCCCUGAAGAGAUCCUUCCCGGAUAAGGUGGUAGAGGUUGUCCUGUCCGCUGAUUGCUCGUAUAUAGCAAUAGACGGAAUUCCCGCUGUCGAUGUGUUCGAGGAGAACGGGAUGUACAUCGUGCUUGCGCAGCCAGAUGCCGAGUGGAAUAGGGCAUUAUCCCUGCAUCGCUUUCCCAAGGAAAAGUUAGACACCUUGCAUCGUCGCAUGGGGCAUGCUAGCCUCACCCGUUUUGAUAGGCCGUUUUUUGACGACCUGGUCCAUUCGGAGCCCACAUGCCCCGAGGAAAGCCUUCAUCCGGAGAGCAAGGUCUGCGAGCCGCCCUACCUCCACCCUCAUACCCCUCUCGUCCCAGCCGCCAUCGAUGUGGAGCUUAGGGUUACCCGACUUUCAUGUCCACUGGCAGCAUAG